GCUCUCUUUUAUUUAAGUAAACAGUAGCUUUCAUCCGGCAUUCUCAAAGUGAUAUUUGUCCCUGUCUUCGAGCUUCAACCUCUCUCGUCCCAACUUCGCAUCUUGAAAUCAUGUCUAAUGACUUAUUCAUUACGUCCAGCAAUAUCAAAUCUUCCGCAUUUUAUCAAUCAGUCAAAAAUGACUUCGUGAAUGCGUGGAAAGAUACCAAUAAACCUCACCCUACCGUACACAAUAUCUGGUACAUUAACCAGAGCACCUCAUACGGACAGCCACGCUUCCAAGCGUAUGUUAACUACGAACAACAAAUAAGAAACCAGCUUGGUGGUGGUAAUGUUAUACAGCAGCUAUACCGUGGGGUCAAACGUGCAUGCAAUAUUGGUGAUAGCAAUGGUCAACUGCAGCUCUGUAAUCUUUGGAACUGUGAUUUAUGCCACAUUCUUAAGACAUCCUACGUCCUAAGGAAUUCAGGUGGAGCCGCAAAUUUCGGAACAGGCAUCUACACCUCCAGUCACUCUUCUAAAUCUCAUGAUUAUGCCAUCAAUGUCAAUAAUCAAUCUCGCUACCACGUUAUAUUACUUAGCCAUAUUGUGGUGGGCAACACGUACAAAGUGUACAACCCGGCUCCAGGCACAUCAAGUCCUCCUUGGGGCUGUCAUUCACUUGAGUAUGUUCCCAGCUAUAAUGGGCAAAUGAAACAUCCAGAAACUGUCGUCUAUCGUACCGAUGCUGCUCUUCCUUCAGUUAUGAUUGUUUACAGUACCUGAGUCUAACGGAGACCCUGCGUUGCAUGAGAAACGCACGGGAAAGCGCACAAGAAAUGUAUGGCAAUGUACUACUAUUAAUAGUCAAAUAUUACGCAGGCACUUUUCACCAAACUGCAGGACUAAGGCCAUUUACAAACAAGUCUGAUUCGUCCAGAAGAGGAGCCUAGAAGACAUCCUAUUGUCGAGUUCUUAUGAAUGUGAAUAGAGGAUCAGAAUACUGGCGGCCGUAAGGUCCAGUUGACGACAUAUCACGGCUGAUCAUUUCAUCGCCAUGUUGGAUAGGAUUGCUCUGCAAUGGUCUGCAAGUGGUCCAGAUUGAACUAUCCAGCACAAUCCCGGCUCACAUGCGACCGCAAGCAUGUUGAAAUCUUGUUUGAUCAACAAUAGCGUAAUAUUUGUAAGAGG